CUGCCGAACAAUGCCAAAGUGCUCUGGCAGGCGCGAAUGUGUUGCCUUGUCAGAUCAAUUUGAUGUUGAUGUCUAGCCAAGAGAGAUGCAAUUAUACUGAAUCUCAACACAAGAGAUUCUCGUCCUUUUUCUUCAGUGUGUGCAGCUUACGAUCCUUGUUUUCAACUCAGCUUCUUCCACUUCAGCAAUUACAGCAACAAAGGGUUGACAUUGAGAUACUACAUACAAGCGAAAUGAAGAAUAUCAUGCCAUAGGAUCUCUGACCAGCUUGCGUGCCAACAAUAUGGCCGCGAGCCCCUUCUUGGACAAGAUCGAAAUUUCCUUCAAGAAUAGACAUCUCCCAAUAGUCGAAGGGAAAAUUGAAGUGGAUGAACUUCUCCUUUUGUACAAGCAAGCAAAGGAGAACGUCGAUACAAAGAAAUUUGAAAUUCUGGCAGUGUAAGCAUGCCUUCUUUCUGAGCGUGACUUCACUGGCCAAAUGCCUCUGAACAGUCAAGAAACAGUCAGGAUUCUUGCAGCGACAUCCCAAAGGGCAUUGUGGACCGCUUUGAUGAGAGGGCCAGCCACUCAGCAGAUGUGGUGGUUGUGUACAACCCCGAGAGUCCCGAUGUUUGUACUGUGGUGUUCUACGCGGACCCAAGUUUGCCGCAUGCUCUGCUGCAUGGAACCUUCUCCAAGAGGGUGGUCUUAGAGCUGACACGGAAACUAGGAGAAUACUUCGCGGAG